GGUAAAAAUACUGACCUUCUGAACUUUCUCAACCAGUCAGACAUUGAAAAGAGACGUCGCAGCAUUGAAAUUCCCUUCUUCACAGCCGGGAGCUACCUGGCCGUGACACGAGCUGAUCCACACUCCCCUAGUGGCACAUCAAAGUUUGUCGGUAUCUGUAUCGCCCGUCGCAACAAGGGUCUGGGCUCCACUUUUAUCCUCCGCAAUGUUCUGAAUGGAAUGGGUGUUGAGAUGAUGUAUGAGCUCUACUCCCCGGCCAUCAGAGAGAUACAGGUCCUGAAGCUGGAGAGGAGGCGGCGAGCCAAACUCUACUACCUCCGAGACAAGCCUGCCAAGUACUCCACCGUGAGCGAGAAGAUGCAGCCAGUGCCAAAUGAUGGAGUGCCCUCUGUGUACAAGAGAAAGAAAGGAGAACCUUCUUAG